UUUUUUUUUAUCUAUCUCAUUUUAACUUAUUUUUUUUCUUCCUUAUCAUCAUCAUCAUCUGUUCAAUUUGAUCCAAUGUUUUUAUUAUCAACAAUAACAAUCUUUUUAUGGAUUUAUCUUGAUCAUCUUUAUGGAUUUCAGAUCCCUAGCCUUGAAAGUCAAGAAUUUCAUUUUCCUUCAGUCACUGAUCCAUUCAAGGUUCCAUUACAUUUUAUGGAUGGUAUUCCAACAGUAUCAUUUACUAUUGGAUCACCUCCACAAUCAGUAGUAGGUGUAUUUGAUACGGCCACUUUGAUAUCAUGGGUUAUGUCAGACAAAUGUAAUUCCACUGUUUGCUCUACGGUAGAAAAUAAAUUCAGUCGAGAAAAAUCAUCAACAAACACUGCUUUGGAUUACACUAUUGGAAUUAAAUAUGUGGAUGGAAGCUUUGUUCGUGUCAGACCUGAACUGGAUACAUUGACCUUGUUGGAAUCAUCCAUUUCGUACCCAGAACAUCUCAUAGGAGAGGCAUAUGAAGUUUAUUAUCCAAAAGGAUAUCCAACUGCUGCAAAUGGUCGUUUAGGUGUAGGAGACUUUGGUGUCUUUCAAAAAUACCUAGAUGAUGCCCAAGGCUUGAUCCAAGGAGUUGAUAAAAUUGUGAAUGGUAUUUUGAUGAGAGCAGUGGGUGAUGAUCGAACAUCAAGUGGUUACGCAGCCUCUGGUUCUCCAGACUUUAAGAAAAGAGAUGGCGUUCAUGCUCCAUUUUAUUGGACAUUAGGCAGUGAUCCUUCCAAGUAUACUGGUAAAUUAUAUGAUCUACCACUUGCUUCUGUUAGUCUUAAUGUACUGUCUCCAUUUUGGAAGUUGAAUAUGCAUGGUAUUAAAUUGAUCCCCUACCAACAGCCUCAAGAUGACGAUAACAAUCAAAACGAUACGGAAAAUAAAAAAAACAUGCUUCCAAAGCAAUCAUCCGCUUUAUUGCGGCUUACAUUAUCAGAUACAUCUUUUGGUUCUAUCGAUAGUAGCACCCCUUAUAUUCAUUUGCCCAAACAUCUCUCGCAAGCAUUAAAUCAAAGACUGGGUGCACAAUAUGAUAACUCUCUGAAAUUGUAUACGAUUCCUUGUGAACGUAAAAAAAUCGAACCUCUAUGGCUUAUAUUUGAAUUGGAUGGUGUGGAUGCUUUGAUUCCUGCUCAUCAAUAUAUGAUUGAACGUCAUAAAAAGUGUCAUACAGCAAUUGUCGAUAGUGAUGAUGAUGAUCAAGUUCAUCUUGGUGGUCCUUUCUUUAGAUCGUUUUACUUGGAAUAUAGAUUGACGGCAAAGGAAGUAGGUAUUGCUGAAAGUACAGCUAAAUUGGGUCUUUUACGACCACCAUCCAAAACUGGCUCUUAUGAUUUACUGAAUGUGGAUCUUAAUGAAAUGGAAGUACCAAUUUAA